AAUGACUGUUCUCUUAAUACUCUUUUAUCAAUUGAUUUUAUUAUAAAGAUUACACAUAUUUACCUGUCCAUGAUUUUUUUUAACUAAUUAUACUCUAUAAUUUUUUAUUAUUGCUAUAAUCGCUUGAUAAUAAUUUUUUUUCCAAUUGUUUUUUUCCAAAGGUCGAUAUAUCCGACUCUAUAUGAUGACAAUGUAAAUGCGAUAACAUCGCGUGUGCCUCCUUACGAAGUUCUUAUCUCGUUAUGUAUAUUGCGUCCAUUUUAUUUAAAGAAAAACUUGGAAACGUCAUCGCUAGCAUCCGAGUGUCAAGUGCCGCGCUCAAGUACGCGUUAAAAACUAGUGAGAGGGUUGCUCAUCUUAGAGGGAUGAGAGAGACACACCCUGAGAUAGCGAUGAAGCCUCUGUCAGCGCGGUCAGAUGAGAAUGAGUCAUUCCGAUGGUUGCGUUGCAAUCUCGAUGGUGUCAAGAGCACGCCGAAUAAGGAUCGCGAAAGACUCGCGUCUCGCAGGUAUAUUUUUUCGGCGGAGAAUAAUUAUGUCAGGGAUGAAAAACAUAGAAGGGGAGGUAAAACCAUUUUGCGGUGGGGUUCUUUGAACUUGUGUAUAAAUAUGGGACUACGUUAUGCGUUAGUGACUGAGAGUCAAAGUGGAGACUAUUCGAAAAAAUCAUGGGAAUUCCUUUUUCGAAGAUUACAGAUCGGCUGCGACUGGUAUAAUAUGGAGUAUAUCCAUAAACUUUUGCAUCGUGCCACGAACCCAAGAACGUCUCCUUCGCCCACGCUGACGAGUGACAACGAUAGUCCCGUGGCUGUCGCGAAGACAGCGGAGCAUGAGGUCAAGGUCCAUUUUGCCCGCGAGUUUGCCGAUGUAGGAUCGGUCACGGAGAAUCUCUGCUUGGCCCCGGAGAGUCUUUCGUCGGCCAGCAGUUUCCAUAGCCUCAGUAGCACUCUCAGUACCAAGAGUAGUAGCGGCAUAUGUCCCGAUUCGUCACCCGAGAUUUCAGAUAAUGUCGCAGAUACAUCAUACGUCAACUCUAACAUACCUGGUGUAGAGGAUUUGAUCCUCGCGUACGCAGACAUCCACCUGGGAAGCGAACGCGACGGUCAGGAUCUCAGUCAAGAUCAAACCUUUGCAUCGGCCAUAGACGAGACGCCGUAUCCUACGAGUGAUUGUUCUCUCAACGAAGAUUCGUUGGAUAAUACUGAUAAUGAAACCCAAGUAACUGAGACAAAUCUCCAAUCGCAUGAAACGACGUCCUUGAAUCAAACGCAAAUUUUAGAACCGUUUGAUAACACUCUUCCCGCUGAAGAUUCACAAUUCGUGACCUUACAUCCUCCUGCGAAAGAAUGCGAAUCGCAAGUAGAAGACUCGAGUAAUAAGCAUAUUCCCUUACAGAAAAGUGAUGGUACAGUGAGUGAGCUUGAAACGUGCAACAUUGCAAGUGGUACUGUAAAGAAUACACUGCCAAUAAGUAAUGCGAAUGAUAAUCAAUUGGAUAUAACGACUACCGUUUCAUCUGGUAAUACGUCUUUCAAUGUGAUAGCGCUUAGUGAAGAGCAGACAGUAGAAGACAAUUGUAGCACCGAAACAUUUCCUCUAGAAGAUCCACAGUUGUAUCCUAUCGAGAUUUCUGUUCCGUCCAUAUCCUCGUUAGCGCAAUAUGCGGAUCUUUCAUUACCUAAUGUAUCGUCAUCGUUAGAAAAUAUCGAUAGUAAAACAAAAGAUACCAGUGUACAAGCUUUAUCAGAGCCCGAGCGAAACACAUCGACAGCAUUGUCUUCCGACUAUCUCGAUCAAGUAAUCGUAGAGAACUCUAUCGUUCAAGCUGAAAAGAACGAAAUUAUCAAGGAACAAGUGUUUUCUCAAUUACAUAAUCACACUAUAUCGGAUAAAGAAGAUAACAUACAAUUACUAAAUGAAACCAGUAUUAUAGAACCAAAAAUAUCAGAAGUUAAAGAAAACUUACAGACGAAUGUCGAUGAGAAAGAUUUAAAAGUAGACAAUAGCGUGAUAUCGAAUAAAUUAGAAAAAUUGUCCGAUGAAAAAAUUGCCAUAUGCAACGAGACCCGUAUUGUAGAAAAACCAUGUAACUCGGAAACUGUAAUUAUAGAAAGAGAAAAAUAUGAUAUUGUAGAAAGUGCAGAUGUGACGAGUGCUAUUAAAAAAGAGAUAUCUGUUGAAGAAGAUCUCAAUUGUACACUUACUUUACAAGAGACAGAGACAAAUGUUACACCAGAUGAAGAACGAUACGAGGAAUUUAAACCUCAACGACAAAGUACUACAUUGUCAGUGAUCAAUGAGCAGUUAUAUUUCGAAGAAUUAAAGUCUACAGUAGAAAAAGUUACCGACGAGCAACUUGAUCUUUCACUGGAUCUCACGGAAGACACAGAUCAGUUCGUCAGUGCAACACCCGAAAUUUUCCAAGAUCCCUCGACAUUUGAUUUUUUGUUAGCACGAAGUAAUCCCACGCACACAAAUCGCCUUAGAGCGGAAUCCUUGUACGUUAAAUUUGACCCGUUGGUAUCGAACACCAGCAUGUUGCCACAAGGAAAUGCCCAAACGAUAAACGAAGAGAAAAAUGGCAAAAACGAAUCGCCACUUCCCGAUUGUACACCCGUUGGUACACCAAAACGUAAUCCUGCCAUAGCAGCUAUAGACAGACUACUCUUUUAUAGUCCUAUUCCUAAUACAACAAUGCAAAAGUUAGAGAUAACUCAAGAAAAAAAUGAACAACCAGUAGAAGAGCCUAAAUCCGACGGACAACUUAUCGAUCAUAUAGAUAUGAGUAAAGAACUUGAACUCGUAAGAACGACUGUGCUACAAUUGGAGGAAGAAUUGGAGAAACGGAAGAAGGAGCAUGAAGCAGAAUUGGAAAGACAGAAAGCAGCUUUUCAAGAAAAAAUGAAUAAACUACAGGCACAGUUGUCUCAAGAAAUAAAAAAUAGAACACAGAUGAAAGUCGUUCUGGAAGAAUAUGAAAAAUCGAUUAGUAAAUUAGUCACAGCGCGGGAAAAGGAUCGAACAAGCUUCGAACAAGACAAGGCAAAAUUGCAAGAAGAAUUGCAAGCUGCAAAUCAUCAUCUAACUAACACGGAGGCAGCGUUUAACGAUGUGCAUCAAAAAUAUGAGAGACUUAAAGGAGUUGUAUCGGUGUAUAAAAAUAACGAAGCUGUAUUAAAAGAAAGUAUCCAGGAAAAUGUAGAAACUAUAAAAACAUUAGAAACGCGAUACGAUCAACUUAAAGAACAUGCGAUGGCUCAACUAGAAAAAGCUAAUAUGGAAUUGGACGGAAUACGAAAACAGAACGAGGCGGAAACAGUGAAGCUGCACGCGAUGAUAAGGAAAGCGGAUCUUAAAAGUAAUUCGCUUACCGAGCUUGUGGAACAGAAAACUAAGGAAAACAAAGAACUCGCGAAGAUUCUAGACGAAGUUAUCGCCAGAGUCGGGCAUGGAAAUUCGGAAUGAAAAUAAGAUAUCGCGAUUAGUCUUUUAUUUUUUUACUUGUCCUUUACUAUCUUAAAUAAACAUAUGUUAGAUACGAUUGAUGUAUGUAUACGGUCAUUAACUCGUAUAGUUAUCGCAAAUUGCGUUUUACUUCAGGAAAGCGCUUUUUAUUAAUUAUUUAUAAGUUGUGAAAUAUAACUAUUUUAAAGCUAAUAAAACUAUGCUUAUAAAAAAACA